AUGCAGUCGUACAGCCUGAUUGGUUUUGCGUUCUUUUGCGUUGCUACUGGUCUUUCUAUACCAGAGGAUACAGAAAAUCAAGUUCAAUUUGGCUUAAAGGAUAUAGAACUUUUGGGCAAAUUACACGUUUUCGACGAUGAUUUUAAUUUAGUAUCCCUCGCAAUGAAGAUCAUGGACGAAGACGAAAAUGAAUCGGAAGAAGAAACUUUAAGGGAUUUACAUAAUCGCGUUUUUUUCUAUCUUUACACUAAGAAUAAUUAUAAGAAUCCUGAUGGAAUUUCCAUUAACGAUCAGGAAUCACUGAAGAAAAGUGACAUUAAUUUCAACAGACCAACUCGUAUAAUAACUCAUGGAUGGAUAAAUUCUCGUAAUAGCAGAUCAUGCACAUUAGUUCGAGAUGCAUAUUUAAAUAAUGACGAUUACAAUAUUAUUGUAAUCGAUUGGAGCAAGAUCUCUGCUAGAGGAUAUGUCUGGGCUAGUAGCCGUGUGAAGAUGGUCGGUCAAUAUGUCGCCACUAUGUUGGAUUUCCUUGAGAAAGAAGGUUUGAAUUUGUCAACGACUACUCUUAUCGGCCACUCUCUUGGAGCACACGUAGUUGGCUUGGCUGCUUAUAACGCAAAGAGUACUGUUAACAGUGUCAUUGGUUUGGACCCAGCACUACCAGGGUUCACUACAGCUAAUUCAGGCUCUCGUAUCUCACAAAGUGACGCUAAUUAUGUCGAGAUUAUUCACACAAAUGGAGGUCUUCUCGGGUAUUUGAGGCCCAUUGGUCAUGCUGAUUUCUUUCCAAACGGGGGUAUGAAACAAGCAGGUUGCGUAAUUGACCUAGGUGGAGCAUGCUCGCAUGCACGUGCUUUCGAACUUUUCGCCGAAUCAAUCAAUAGCAAAGUAGGAUUUCAUGCGAAAGAAUGCGAUUCCUACUUACAAUAUAAACUUGGAAUUUGUAACACAAGAUUGACGACGAUCAUGGGAGAACAUAAGAAAUUAUUAAAAACAAGAGGAACUUUCUUCCUUGAUACUCGGUCGUCUCCACCAUACGCUAAAGGUCAAAUAUUCAAACCGUAA